UGUGAUCGUUACUCCUUACUUUUCCUCUUGGAUUUGUUAGUUGUAUUCGAUAUUUUUUCAGUAUGUACUUUUAAUAAGUUGCCGGUAAAUCGCGAAAUCGUUUAGGAUUCACAAAGAAAAUUACUUUUUUCCAAGAUUUUGUAGUAAAUCUUAGUAAAUUGUUUUGUGUACAAGUUAUUGAUCCGAAUUUUGAUCACAACAAUGGAGGAACCUCCCUCCGAACAAAGUGUAAUCUCAAGAUCAUAUCAGACACAACUGGAAGAAAUAGCUUGUAGGAAAAAUACAAUAAUUUAUCUACCAACAGGUUCUGGAAAAACCUUUAUUGCUAUUAGCCUUAUUGGAAGAUUCAAGAAAAGUUUGAGUGGGGAAUGGGGCAAUGGUGCAAAAAGAACAUUUUUUCUUGUUAACACAGUGCCAUUAGUGCAGCAGCAGCGAAAAUGUAUCAUAGAUUUAUGUCCUAUUAAAAAAGUUGGCAGUUAUUCCAGUGAAGAUAGAGUUGAUUAUUGGAACAAAAAGAAGUGGGACGAGGAACUUAGCAAGAAUCAGGUUGUAGUGAUGACAAGUCAAAUCUUAUGUGACAUGUUAACACAUAAUUACAUAAAUAUAAGAGACAUAAAUCUGUUGAUUUUUGACGAAUGCCAUCAUGCCAUUGACAACCAUCCUAUGCGAAUGGUGAUGAAACAAUUUGAAGCCUGUCCAAAAGAAGAACAACCCAGAGUGGUUGGUUUGACUGCUACACUUCUAAAUGCAAACAUCACCUUGCAUAAAGUUGAAGAAUCAUUGCAACAGUUGGAAACAACUUUCCAAGCAACAAUAGCUACUGUAAAUGAGUUGGGAGAAGUAUUAUCUUACUCCACAAACCCGAACGAGUUGAUAGUAGAAUAUAGAACUUAUAAAACUCCAACAAGCGCUGAAGAAGCUUUCACCCUGCUAAGUGAUCUUAAAUCUUUAAUUAAUGCUGUAAAAUUGCCAACUAUUGAGAGAAGCGAUGUUAAAUUGAAGAAGGGACAAGUUGAUAUAACAGUUGAUUCUAAGAAGAUAGUGAAACAAGUAAAAAACAUGAUUGUAUCGAUUGAACAGUUUAUUAUAGAAUUAGGAAUUUAUGGCGGUGAUUUAAGUAUAAUCGCUUAUGUUAUUCUAUUGGAGCAACUGAAGAGAAAAGCCAUAACAAUGGAAGAAGAGCAUUUAUACCAAUUCACCAUAACACAUCUUGUUGAGGUCAGGAUGAUUCUAAACAACAUCAUGAAGAAUGAGACAGGAUUUGAAAGGAUCGUCAGGCAUUCAUCUGACAAAGUACUUCACCUUUUAAAUAUAUUAAAAGAAUACAGUCCAGAUGUUAUUAAAAGUGACGCUCCAUUAAAAGUAAACUGCGCAAGGCAACCAAUAUCGGCAAUAAUAUUUACACAGAGGAGAUUUUCCGCAAAAAUAUUGUACAACAUACUAAAGGAAGUGAUUGAAGUGAAUCCACAAGAUUUUGGCUUUUUAAAUCACGAUUUUGUCGUCGGUUUCAAUGUGAAUCCGUACAAUAAUACGAGGGAGCAAUAUUUCACCAAGAAAAAAAGUCAGCAGGCGUUACUAAAGUUUGCUAACAAAGACCUCAACACUCUGAUUACGACAAGUAUUAUAGAAGAAGGAAUAGACAUUCCGCAGUGCCGGUUAGUUUUGCGUUUUGAUCCGCCAUUAGAAUAUCGUUCAUACAUUCAAAGCAAAGGUCGAGCAAGAUCCUCGGAAUCGUCGUACGUAAUAUUAAUAUCGAAUGAAAAUAAAGUCAAAUUUAUGAAGAAAUACGAAGAAUUUCAGAAAAUAGAACAACACGUGCAAAGGAUGUUAGUGGGAAAAACAGAUAGUCGUAAUGAACCUACGAAUAAAGAAAUCAGUGAUAAUUUAUAUAACGAUGAAGAUAUACCGGUCUAUGUAACUGAGCAUGGAAAUCGUCUUACGGCGCAGUCCGCUAUACAGUUGUUGCACAGAUACUGUUCAACGUUACCACACGAUCAGUUCACUAUAAUCUCUCCGAUGUGGAUAAGAGAGAAAGUCAGUUAUCGUGAUAGUGAAUAUGUUUUAAUUACAAUUUUAUUGCCUAUAGCCAGCAUUAUUAAGGACCCUAUAAAGGGUCAACCAAUGAUAGAUAAUAAAUCGGCGAAACGUUCCGCCGCAUUAAAUGCAUGCAUUUUAUUACAUAAAAGUGGAGAAUUAAACGAAUAUACUCUUUUACCGGAAUCUUAUAGUCGUGUUAAUUUCGAUCAUGUGGAUAUAAAACAAUGUUUUCCGAAUUGGCCGGAACACGAUGAAGACAAUGGUAAUAAACACGUACCCGCUGUCGGUACUAAGAAAAGAAUACGCAAGCACGCUAAAGUUUAUCCCGAGCUACUAAAUGGUCCUGCUACUUGGGCGUAUGGUCAAAAUACGUUUUACCUGCACGUGAUACAGUUGAAGGCAGCAUUCCCAGAGCCGAAGGACUCCCGCGAGAGGGCGCUGUAUAACUUUAUUCAGAGAGGUGAAGGCUACGGCUUCCUGACAUCGAACCCUCUACCCCCACUCUGCGACUUCCCAAUGUUCCUCUCUGUGGGGGAAGUUACCACCUCCAUAAAGGUUAAUUACGCAAAGAUUGAAAUUGACUUGAAUUUAUUUGAAUUUAUCAAAGAAUUUCAUUUUUUUAUAUUUUAUUACGUUCUCGAAGUCGCUAAAAAGUUUCUAGUUUUCGAUGGCACGAAGAACAGCAUGUACGUAGUUCCUGUUAAAAACGUCGGCGAUGGUUACGACAUCGAUUGGAACGUCAUUCAAGAUUACAAAGAUAUACCACCAGUUACGAUACCCACUUUAGAGGAGCGUAAAGCUGUGAACGUGACAAGAGAGAACUACCAAUAUAAAGUUGUGACGCCCUGGUACCGCGCCACUAUCUUCCCAGACAGAUAUAUAGUGUCCGAUGUACUGGAGUACAUGAGUCCGCAGUCUCUGUUCGGAUCCAAUACGUUUGCGACGUAUGCUAACUACUACUCCAAUAAAUACAAUUUGGAAAUAGAAGGCGACAGAAAUCAACCAUUGCUGGAGGUCCGUAAUAUCAGCACGUCUAUGAACUGUCUAAUGCCGAGGGCGGCCACAAUCAAGUCGUUCACUGAGAAGCAACGCAAGUUAAUCAGCGCGGCGCAGGGGGACGACAAGCCGAGAAGUUUCUUAGAAAUAUUUAUACCAGAGUUCUGUAUUAAAUACGAUUUUCCCGGCGUCUUGUGGUACAAGGCUACCAUCCUGCCGAGUAUAUUGCACAGGGUACAUAUGUUGCUAGUGGCGGAGGAACUUCGUAUUGAAAUCGCGACAGCCACCAAAUAUGGACAAGUUAAAUUGAAUAAAGGUGAGAAGUGGGAGCCAGUAGAAGUGAAUAUUGAGGUCGCGAAAAAAUCCAUGUUGUCUCAAAUUGAGGGCCCCGAAGAUAAAAUGGCAGCCCUCAAAAAUACAGUGGACAGAAUAAACAAUCCUAUAGAUGAGAGCGCCCCGAGGCCUGUCAAAUUAAUGUCCAUGAAAGAUAGUGUAUAUCAGCUGCAGAAACAAAAGAUUAACAAAGAAUAUCCCUGGGAGGAAACCAUGGAGCCAAUUGAUAUAGAUCGUAACUUGAACACAGUGACCGUGAUGGAUGUCGAGUGUUAUGAUGAGUUUAUUAGCGCGCCUUUGCUCACGGUGCCUAAUGCCGUGCCUGUUGUCACCCCGAAUAUCACGGUCGCACCGCACAUCUCCGCCGCCAUAUUGCCACCACCGAUCAUAUACAAUGACAAGAUAAAUAUACUAUUAAAAGAGCCAAUCGGCCGCGGACCGGAGCAGAGAGAUAUCCUGACAGCUCUCACAACCAUCAAAUCCCACGACAACUUUGACUUGGAGCGUAUUGAGACUUUGGGAGACGCGUUCCUCAAGUUCGCCGCCACCUUGUAUCUGUUCCAUAAAUUCCCCGCUCUGAACGAGGGACAACUCACUAACAUCAAAGGUCAACUUAUUGGCAAUAGAAAUCUUUACUAUGCUGGUGAAAAAAUACGUUUGGGCGGUCGUAUGAAGAUUGAGGGAUUCAGUCCAAGAACCGAUUUCGUAGUCCCAGGAUUUUUUGCCCCCAAAGAAGUUCAGGAGUUUAUUGAAGAAAAGCGGAUCAGACCGUCGUUCCUACUGGGUAUGCAGUUCCCACUGGAAGAUGCACUAAGCGGCAAGUUAUCCAGUGACAGUAUCGCGCAGAUGGAGAAACGAUACAAAGAAUGCGACGGUGUGGCCGAACAGGAGCCGCUUUGGGGCGCGCAAAACUCCAUGCAAUGUUAUGUGUCCGUCCAGGUCACGCACGACAAGUCUGUGGCAGAUUGUGUGGAAGCUUUAGUGGGCACUUAUUUGAUGCACGGUGGUAUUUUGGGAGCUAUCAAAAUUUUGGAAUGGAUGAAAAUUAUACCCGAGAAGGACAAUUUAGCAUCACUUUUAACAAGACGCAUGACAACAGUGCUCUCAAAGAACACCGUACCUCUCACGGAGAUCGAUUUCCUAUUAAACUACAGCCGACAAGAUGUUGAGGAGAUAUUGAAUUAUAAAUUCAAAGAUCCCUCGCUUUUACUAGAGGCUUUAUCCCACCCGUCGUACAUUCGCAAUCGUUUGACAAGCUCCUACGAGCGGCUGGAGUUCCUCGGCGAUGCGUUGUUGGAUUUCCUCAUAACGUCGCACAUAUUCGAGCAGUGCCAGGACUUCAAACCAGGAGAUAUCACUGACUUGAGAUCAGCUCUCGUCAAUAAUGUCACAUUCGCAGCAUACGUCGUCAAACUGGGAUUACAAAAAUACCUUUGCUCGCAGCUCAACCCAGUAUUGGGUGGUGCUAUAAUGGCUUUCGUAGAGCAUCAGGAGCAGAGGAACCACGAGAUAGUGGAGGAUAUUCUCUACCUCAUUGAGGAGGAGGAAUGUCAAGUUGCAGAAUACGUUGAAGUACCAAAGACUUUGAGCGACUUGUUCGAGUCGCUGGCGGGCGCGAUCUACCUGGACAGUGGGGGUGAUCUGUGCGCGGUGUGGCGGGUGGUGUACCGCAUCAUGCACCGCGAGAUACACGCCUUCGCGCGCCGCAUCCCGCGCCAGCCCGUCGCCGUGCUCUCCGAGAUGGUCUACGCCUGCCCGCAAUUCGGAAACGCCACAUUAUCAAAGACUGAACGGUCAAAGGUGAUGGUUCCAGUCACGUUUACGAAAGAUGGCCGCCAGCACACCGUGUACGGAGUCGGCAGCAACAAGAUGCAGGCAAAGCGCGCCGCCUCUAAAUUAGCCCUCAAAGUCCUCGGAUGUUGAACAACAUAAACAAAUUGUAUAACAACAUGUUUUAUCUAUACACAACCACCAAUUCACAAAUUGUAUUCCUCAGAUUUAAGAUACAUAUGCCAAAUUUUUUCAAGCCUAAUAGUUGUAGCCAUGUAUUAAACGUGGUUUAGAGUUCUAAUCCCAUCAUUCGUUUAAAAAUAUUUAUUUUAAUUUACCUGAAAUCAUUUCAGUGUUUCCAAAUUCGCGAUAAAAUGUAAACAUUUUUAAUUUUUUUUUAAUAUAAUAGCAACUAGUUUUAUUUUUUAUACAAUCUGACUCUCAAUGAAUUUAUUCAAGCCCGGAAUGCUGAAGGGUAUUUUCUUCCAUAAUUAUAUUUAACUAUUUUUACACUGUAACCAAAUAGUUAUGUAAUAAUUGUCGGAUUUUUCUUUUCUAAAUCGCACCUUUUGUUUCCAAAAACGAAUUUAUUAUUGUUUUUUUUAUGAAAUUGAAUGAUUUUGUUUCAAAACAAAUUGUCUACCAAUAAAA